GAGACAGCGAGUGGAUCCCAGACCGUAGCUUAAGUGCACAUGCUGAUAAUGCAAUUGCCUUGGGUGUUCUGCACAGUGCCCCAAAUCCAUCAUCGAGUAGAAUACAGCAAAAGAUGUGCCAGAUGUUACAGAGACCUUCAACAGCAAAUUUACCACUUUCCAACUGUGUGAAAAAAAGCUCCAGCGGCCUUUCAUCUUCUAAUCCUCAAUCCAGAAGUGCAGCUGCUGGACCAUUAUCCAGAGCUGCUUCUGAAAUUUCAGAAAUUGAAUAUAUUGACAUUACUGACCAGAAUGAGCCCUUCUUAGAUGACACUGCUGAUCAACAAACCUUAGACAGUUUGAAAAAAGAAUUAAAUAUGCUGAGAACUCUUGCAGAUCCUUCAGAAAAACUUUACAGCCUAACCUCAGAAGACUUAUCAGCUUUCAACAACUACUCGCUGCAUGUAACUCAGACUUCCACAGACUUCCUCAAGACUUCACAAGCAAGGGCUCUCUGUGGAGAUGACAAAUGGAGCACUUCUGGAAAAGAUACCGAGAUUCAGUCUCUGCUGUCACUUUCUGAGAGCAGUGCGGAUGAGGAGGAAGAAGAUUUUCUUGACAAGCAACAUGUCAUCACACUGCCAUGGUCAAAGAGCACUUAAUGAUCAUUUGUUCCUUACUUUUUCCACUUAAUACCCAAAGUAAAGCUAAUAGAAAAAGUAUCCAAGUGAUUACCUGUUGGUGUGCUGAAGAUUUUGAUUAUUAAUGUUUAUGACUUGUUCGCAAAGUAAUAAAAAUUAGUGAAAUUA